AUGAGCAAUAAUUUGCACGAUUUCAUCCCCGACCUCGCCGGGAAAGUCGCUAUCGUGACAGGUGGGCACACAGGACUUGACGAGUUUCUCAUUUCUUCAAUCCCUCAUAGUGGCUUCGGCACCAGCAUCGAGCUUGCGAAACAUGGCGCUCGAGUGUAUAUUGCCAGUCGGUCAGCUGCGAAAUUCAAGGAUGCGGAGCAGGAUAUUCUUUCUGAGUACCCGAAGGCAGAUGUGCGGUUUCUGAUGUUGGACUUGGCCGACUUGAAAACUGUACGGGAGGCGGCGGAGAGGUUUGUUCAGCUCCUCUCUUCCUCGGGCACUGCUUACUCGUUCCAGGUUAUGUGCGUUCCGUACGAGGAGACAGGGAACGGGUUUGAGAUGCAGAUCGGGGUGAACUAUAUUGGCCAUUUCGUGUUCACGAAGUUACUCAUCCCGAUACUCCAGAAGACAGCAGAGACGACCGAAAAGGGAAGCGUGCGUGUUGUGAACGUAUCUAGCGACGGGCACGCCAAACUCGCACCGAAGGAGGGCAUAAUAUUCUCAGAUAUGAACAUGAAGAAUGAUUUCUCUGUCUGGGCUCGAUACGGCCACUCCAAGCUUGCCAACGUUUUGCAUUCGAGAGCAUUGGCCAAGAGAUAUCCGAACAUUCUUAUGCUGUCCUUGCAUCCCGGAACGGUAAAGACGAACUUAUCCGCAGGGCCGAUCUCGUCAACUCCGCUGUAUCGGCUGAUAAAGCCGCUUGUAGAGCUGGGUGCACCUGGUCCACGAAAGGGGGCGGCAAACAUUCUUUUCGCUGCUGUGUCACCGAGGCUACGCUUGGAGUGCGACAAUGGAGCAUAUCUGCUACCAAUUGGAAAGGUGUCGUCGCCCAGUAAAGCGGGAUCGGAUCCGAAGAUGGCAGAGGAUCUCUGGGAGUGGACGACAAAGGCCCUCAGAAGUCGAGGGUAUGAAUAG